AUGCUCGCAAAAAAGAAACUCCCAACACUUGCGCCAUUAAAGUCCAAAUCCUCCACUUCCCCCACACACCCCGGCACACCUCUCGACCCACAGAACUCAACCAGCAAAACGACCAAGACAGAAGGCGCCACCAAACAAGACGGAACGAAGACAGAAGACACGGCCGAGACAGACCACACUCCGAAGAAGAAAACACCUAAGAGGAAGCCCUUUGGCAAGAAGUCCUCCGUGACAGAAGCAGUCACCAGACCAGCUCCCGAAACGGUGGGCAAGCCAGCGGCUGCAAAGCUACCACUCCCUGUGAACAACAAGGCCGCCACAACGCGCUCGGUCUCGCAAGACUCCUCAAGCUCCUCCUCAAGUUCCUCCACCGCUCCGAGCUCGAAGGCGAAAACGAAACCGAGACCGACCAAGAAAUUCCCUCGAAAGGCCGCGCCGUCGACGAAAACCGAGUGGGUGAAACAAGCGGCCCCUGUGCGCCCCGGAUCGGGCCCAAAGGCGGGUCCAGAACCGGCUUCCGACAGUAGCAGCAGCGACUCGUCCAUGCAGCCCAAGACGCGUGUGGUUAAACGCAGGUUUGCACCGGCGCCACCGCCGGCCAGCGAAAUCGACCGCGCGUCCUACGCCUCCACCAACUUCAGCUCCAGCUCCUCUAGCUCCAGCUUAGCUGGCGGUCUCGGCUUCAAGCACCCCGCCAAGAAGAAGGUGCUGCCCAAACUGGCUAAGGGAAGAAUCACGUCCGUCGCCUCCGUAGGCUCUACCGCCGAAAACUCUGCCUCCGUGGGCCCUGCGACCGGAGAUCUGAAGACUGGGAGCCCUCCGGUUGGGAGUCCUGCGGCGGCGGGGUCGUAUUCGCCGUUUGAGAGCCACAAGCGAUUCGCGUUCGGAUCGGAGGCGGCUUCGAGCCCGCGGCCUGGAGGUCCUAAGAGCAGCCGACUGGCUAGUCCCGGGUUCCGGCCAGUUGGUGGCGGGCUAAAACUCAGCCCCAGGUCGGCUUCGCCACGCGGGCACUCGCCCGGUGGCAUCUCGCUGAAGAGGCGCUCCCAGACCACCCAGAAGACCGCCGCGGCCUCGCCCCGAGCGCCAGCUGUCCCUUCGCCGCGGCAGCCGCAACGUAACGAACACACGCAGCCGGUCCGGCAGGUCUCCUCCAGCUCUUCUGAAGCACUUUCGCCCCCCAUGCCGACUCCGACCACCGCUGCACACCGCGGUGCACCGACCAAGCCAGCUCCUCCCGAGCCGACGUUCGUGACCAGAGCCGCCGCGACGCGUCAGGAACCUGCUGGCGAAAAUGAGAACUCGGAGCAGAAACCUGAACAAGCCGGCCCAGCCGCCAAAGCGCCAGCGGAUACGGUCACUCGGGAGGCGGGCGCCCGGGAUGCGGACCCUCAGGGCGUGGCCACUAAGAGCACAGACAACCAGACCACGGGUGGCACCAAGACCACGAGCACGCAGACUACAGUCGUCAAGCCUAUGGACCAGCCCACGGCCACCCCAGUUAAGGCCGCGACCAUCCCGGUGGAGACCACGACCGCUUCAGUUAAGAGCACGACCGCCCCAGUUAAAACCACGACCACCCCGAUGGAGACCACGACCACCCCAGCUAAGACCACGACCGCCCCGGCUAAGACCCCCAUUAUAGACACGCAGGCUGUGGGCACCCAGGACAAAGACAAGCAGACCAUGGGCAGCAAAGGCACAGAUGACAAGCCUAUGAGCGGCAGUCAGAUUACAGACACUCAGAUUACAGACAGCCAGGAUAGAGGCACGCAGGGUACAGGCGCCCAGAAACUGGCAGAGCCCAAACAGCCUGUUGCGCGCUCCGCGGUUGAGAUGGAGCCGGGGGCAAAAGAGUCGACUGGGGAGCAUCGGGCGGUUAAAGGAAAUCAGUUGGCUGGAGGAACUCAGGCGGCUGGAGAAGGUCAGGUUGCUGGCCCCGACGAGACGUCUGCUGGUCAGUCACUUGUCCAGUCGCUUGGACAAUCGCUUGGUCAGUUCGUUCGCGAGUCAUUGGGUCCGUCACCGGAAACGAGUACGGGUUCAGUGGCUGGGCCGGCUGUAUCUGGGCCGACCGUGGCUGGGCCGACCGUGGCUGGCCCGACCGUGGCUGGCCCGACCGUAGUUGGCCCGGCCAUGGCUGGGGGGCUGGAGCAAAUAAGAGCGAAGGAGAAAGAGAGGCAGCAAGAGGCGCUAAGUGAGGUGAAGGUGGAGCAAAUAAGGAUGGAUCAUUCGGGGUCGAAUGGAGCGCGAUUAGAGAGCAUGAAGGAAGAUCUGGUCUCUCGUUUUAAGCAGUUGUUGCAAUCCGAAGUUCAGCAGCAGUUCAAUGGUUUGUUGGAAAGUCGGAUGCGAGUAUUGCUUAGCGAGAAUAAGGAGUCUUUCUUGGCGGCUGAGCGUCAAUUGUUUGAGGACCGUCAGUUACAGUUGUUGGCAAAGAUUGAACAGGACCAUAGUGGGUUUGUUUCGGAAGUGCACACGCGUGUUUCGGAAUUGGAGAAGAGUUCGGAAGCCUUGAAUAAAGAGACGGUGAAGCAGAUUUUGAAGACUAUGGGUGGUGAGUUGGCGCAGGUGAAGCAGGAUGCGACAGACAGCGCAAUAAAGUUGUUUGAUGAGAUUGCCGCCUUGAGAGCAGACAGUAUGAGUUGGAUUAAAGAGCAGUUGAAUGACACGAUGCGGACUUUACGGAAAAAAGAUGUGGAGAUCGAGUCUCUGUCGCAGCAGCUGAGUCUGCUGAAGAGUUCUCAAAGUGACCAACUUUAUGGGGAGUUGACUGCGUAUGUCAAGUCGGAAAUGGAGAAGAAGAAAAAGUCGAUUCCUGUACAAGACGCUCGAACAAUGGCCAUGGAGUCUUUAAAGAAAGGAAUGGCGAUCGACUCCAUGUCGACCGUGAUGCGUCGACUGGUUGAGCGGCUCGGUGUACGUUGGGAUUUGGGGAUUCGUGACAUUUUCGCACACCUCAAACUUUUCACUCAGAAACACCAUGAACUCGAAGUAUCCAUGGCCCCGAAAAUUAGCGCCUCAAGAAGGAUCGCAUCUGUCCUGCAUUACGCCCUCCAUAAAACCCGACUGCAAGCCUUCUGGUCGCUACGUAUGCACUCUGCAACUUAUCAGCAAUUGAACGCAGAUCUCAGAAGGGCGGCGUACAACAGACAACUUGACAGGAAAUUACGACUCCUGCUUUUCGGCCAAAAUCCGCCUUACGAGCACAUACAACUGGCGGAAGCGAGAACUGCGGCUGCCCGCGGUAUCAACUCUAGACAAUCUUAUCUGACAGGAAUACCCUCUGCCUACCCACAGCUAUCCAGGCGAUACACAUCGAUCUUUCGAACAAAUACCUAA